AUGGCGGCCAUGGAAGAGCUGGAGAUUCACAGCAAGUCGUACUUUGUACGUUGGAUCAAUGUCAGCGCCAACCACACCAUCUCGUGGAGUAUUCAACCUCACAAGAAGUCCGUCAACUUUGGCAUCUUCAAACACCCAGGUCAAUCAUCUGCUCUGAGCACUCAUAUUCCUGCCUCCGAUUCCCAGAGCACCGAUUCCACCGAGAACCUCCCCGCAACGGCGACGACUGCCGGCGCACGGCAACAACAAUCUGCCGUUAUCGAGAAGCUGACGGGAAUUGGGCUCAAAACAAUCAAAUGGACGGGCAAGUGUGAGGCAGACAAGAUUACACAGGGGACUUACGAUGUGCCGUUCAGCGAAGGGGGCAACUAUGCGCUCGUUUUCGAUAACACAUUCUCCAAACAAAUCUCUAAGACCUUGACACUUGUUCUCCUCACCUAUCCGACCGGCCUUCAGCCACAUAGCUCCGCAUCGAUUGCCACACGCCUUCAGCCAGGGGCAUCGACCGAGUCGCUGCCGCAGCCUAAGACCCGCCGACGAGGCAACAGCCGAGCCACGCUCAACUCGCAGCACGUCGACGUGUCGAACCAAAGUAUCCACACGGGACUGCUUCAGAAGCGGCGACGAAAGCGUCACCAGGGCUGGGCGCGGCGGUUCUUUUCGCUGGACUUUACUUCGUGUACGCUGUCAUAUUAUCAUGACCGCAAUUCGUCCGCACUGCGAGGCGCGAUCCCGCUCUCGCUAGCGGCUGUUGCGACUAAUGAAAAGUCCCGUGAGAUCUCUAUUGAUUCCGGUACUGAGAUCUGGCAUUUGCGUGCUAAUAACGAGCAUGAAUUUGGUGCAUGGAAGAGUGCCCUCGAGAGAGCUUCCUCCAAAGAAGCUUCCAAGGACAAACAUAAUGCUGGUCUAGCCGCCCCUCCGGAGCUGCGGCUGUACGCUCCAUCACAGCCCUCCCCGGCGGAGGAGAGUGAAUGGACUCGCGUUGAGAGCCUUGUUGGCCAUAUUUCCGGAUCGCGAGAUGCGAUACGCCGGCUUGCCAAGGAUACAGACCCCAAGUAUCUUGCCUCACCCCUCCCAACUCCUGUCGACCGGCCUCGUUCGCGUGGCCGAUCCCCUAGUCCCCAGCGCAGUACCCAUGAGACUACUAGUGAGGCGGAGGCCAAACGGCCGUUCUGGAAGCGCAAGACAAGUGGACCGUCGAAUCCCAACAGCAAGCGACCACCGGCCAUGACCACGAACUCCAGUUCCUCGCAGCUUGUGGUGCCUGCAACUGACAGUAAGGGGAAGCCUGCCAGUGUCACUAGUCACGUAGACAGCAUGGAUGAGAUCCAUGACCAUUUGAUGGCGGUACUACGCGAUCUUGACGCUGCGGUCUCUGAGUUCUCCACGCUGAUUACCGAGAGCAAGGAGCGACGGCACCCGCCUCGGCCAUCUAUGGUUCCCCGGCGGAGCAUGGAGUCUGACAUGUCACAAGAAUUCUUUGAUGCAACAGAUGGAGGUGGUGGUGACAGGUCUCCCCUCCUAACCAUCCAUGACAGCGACGACGAAGGGCCCGAAGAGGACCGGCCUGCCUCUGCUGCGGAGGAAGUUGAGGACGACGCCCCCUCUGACAGUGACGGUGAAUCUGACGCGGCAGCAACUCGCCAGGAAAGCAGCAGCGCAUCGGGCUUGUUCCCAGUCAGACCCAAAUCGUUGAUCCCGCUGCCUCUAGACCCCAUAAAACGCCGCGCGAAUAUCCUCGCCCCAACGGUUUUGCCCCCAAGCUUGAUUGGGUUCCUGCGCAAGAACGUCGGAAAGGACUUGUCCACAAUCUCGAUGCCGGUGUCCGCAAAUGAACCCAUGUCUCUCCUGCAACGCGCCGCCGAGGUCCUAGAGUACUCAAAUCUGCUUGACCAGGCCACCCAAUCCAAAGACCCCGUCGAGCGCCUGAUCUACGUAACUGCCUUCGCAGUUUCCUCCCUCUCGAGCAACCGCGUCCGCGAGCGCUCCAUCCGCAAACCGUUCAACCCAAUGCUAGGCGAGACCUACGAGCUCGUCCGCGAAGACCGAGGCUUCCGCUUCAUCGCAGAGAAAGUCUCACACCGGCCGGUGCAACUAGCCUACCAAGCCGACAGCAAAGAAUGGAGCAUCUCGCAAUCGCCGAUGCCUAGCCAGAAAUUCUGGGGCAAAUCCGCCGAGAUCACAACCGAAGGUCGCGUUCGCAUUACCCUACACAGCACCGGCGACCGCUACAGCUGGACGCCCGCAACAUCAUUCCUACGCAACAUCAUCGCAGGCGAGAAAUACGUCGAGCCCGUCGGCGAGCUAGCCGUCACGAAUGAGUCCACCGGCCACCGCUCUAUCUCAACCUUCAAAGCCGGCGGUAUGUUCUCCGGCCGCAGUGAGGAAGUCUCCACCCGCACCGUCGAUGCAAACAAUAACCCCGUAGCCCUCGGCUUAUCCGGCUCCUGGCCCUCCUCGCUGACUCUCACCCGCGACGGUAAUCCCACCGGUACCACUAUCUGGACCGCCGGCUCGCUCGUCCCCUCUGCGCCAAAGCACUACGGUCUCACGUCCUUUGCCGCCGCGCUGAAUGAAAUCACCUCUAUCGAGGAUAAGCAUCUGCCUGUCACGGACUCCCGUCUACGUCCUGACCAGCGCGCGCUGGAAAACGGUGACCUCGACCACGCGGAGGAGGUUAAGGUGCAGCUCGAGGAGGGCCAACGUGCGCGUAGGCGCGAGAUGGAAAAUACUGGGGAGAGUUGGACUCCGCGCUGGUUUACGCGGGUUAGUGAUGACUCUGAUGGGGAGAUUGCUUGGCGACUUAAGGGUGGGAAGGAUGGAUAUUGGGAGGAGAGGGCUAGGGGGAGCUGGACUAAUGUUGUGCCUGUGUUUGAGGAUUAG